UCAUUAUUAUUUUUCGAGUUUCAUCCACAGCCACAGUGCAAAUUACUGCCGCACGUUAAUAAAUUAUAAUAUUUAACAAUAAUAAUACAAACUUAAAGCUAAAACAUAGCUUUAAACGUUCAUCAACUUAAUUUAAGUGUUAAAAUAGUUCUAAAGUGUCAUUAAAUCGCAAAAAGAAAAAAACGAAAAGCAAAUACAAAUACAAAACAAAGAGCCUAAAAUAAAUCAAAAACCCUCUCAAGGCACGCAGCUAAGAAGAGGUCGUCGUCGUCGUUGUGCUAUUUGUUGUUUUUUGUCAGCGUCACAUGCGCCUCUGCCAUUGCUGUUGAAUAAGUUUCACAUGUGCAGCUAAUGUGCAUACCCUAUAGCUGCAUUGGCCUGCUGCAUGCAAACUAAAGUACAAAAAUACAUUGCGAAGACUUUAAAGCUGUGCAGCGACAACAACUGAACUGACUGAGGAUCAAGCAGGAUCAUGCAGCAUCAUGUGCAUGCGACUCGGGCAGCUCCACACUUACGGCAUCACAGUCAUCUGGCGAUGCCGUUUCCCAGCAUGGAGCAACAAAUGUUGAGCACACUAAUAGCAACUGCACCAGAACAACAACAGCAACAGCAACAACCACAGCAGCAGCAACAACAGCAGCCGCCGCCGCCACCGCAACGGGAACAUGGACGAUUUAACAAUUGCAAAUUAACUCGACCAAACAACAACAACAACAACAACAGCAACAAUACCAAUAAGAACAACAACAAUAGCAAUCAAAUGCAAAAAAUACGACAGCAACAUCAACAUCUCAGCAAUGGCCAUUUAGCGAAUUGCAAUCAAGCACCGCCGCCAGCAACUCCACAGGGCUUCAAUCAUCCAACGGCGCUUGGUUAUGGCCAGCUGCCACAUCACAUGGCACAUUUGGGCAGCUAUGCGUCACAGCCACCGCCGGCGGCGCUGCAGAGCGGCAAACAGCCGCAUUACUACGUGAGCAAUGCCAAGCCCUCCAAGUACAGCAAUGGUGCCAACAAUAAUAGCAACGCCAGCAAUAGCGGGAGUGGCAACAGCAGUAGCUAUGCCCAUUCAUCGAAAACCAUUCUGCAGAACACCUAUCGUCCGGCCAGGAUCAAUGGGCAGGCGUGCGGCUCAGCCACAGAGCCAGUAGCGACAGUUGCUGCGGCAGCGGCAACAACAGCGCCAGCUCCUGCUCCUGCUCCUGCUCCUGCUCCAGCAGAACUAUCGCAGCGCAUUGUGGCCAGAGGCAGCAAUAGCGAUAACCAUGUCCUGGCCAAUGAGGAGAUCUGUGAACUGGCGCCAGACGUGGCGCCCAAUUGCUGUGAGCCAUCAACGCAAUCCGCAGCGCAGACGGACGAUUGCAGCAACAGUGCCGAGCAUAUGGAUGCCGCUGGCACGUUGUCCAAUGAGGAUGGCAGCGCGGGGCGCAAUGGCAAGGACAAGACGCCCAUGUGUCUGGUCAACGAGCUGGCCAGGUACAACAAGAUCACGCAUCAAUAUCGCUUGACGGGCGAGCGCGGUCCGGCCCAUUGCAAAACCUUCACAGUAACCUUGAAGCUGGGCGAGGAGGAGUACUCGGCCGAUGGUUUCAAAAUCAAGAAAGCCCAACAUUUGGCCGCCUCGAAGGCCAUCGAGGAGACCAAGUACAAGCAUCCGCCACCAAAGAUACGCCGCAACGAUGAGAACAGCUCGACGCGCACUCACAUCACGCCCACCGUUGAGCUGAAUGCGCUGGCCAUGAAGCUGGGCCAGCGCACCUACUAUCUGCUGGAUCCGACGCAAAUGCCGCCUGCCGAGCAAAUGCUUCCACCCGAAUAUGCCACAUCGUUAUUGCCUACCCCGGCGCCUGGUCUACCGCCACCGCCCCCGCCGCCAUUCGCAUUGCGUCGCAACGCCAACGGCAGCUACGUGCUGCCAGCUCCGCCCAUGCAUCCGCAUCAUGUGGCGAUGCAGACGCAACGCGCCAUCUACGGCCAUCAGCGUCCGUAUGCGCCGAAAUAUCAGUCACGCUUUACUUUGGCACCGGCGCUGGGGCCGCAUAUGCUGGCCGGGCCGCAUGGGCCCUAUGCGCCCGCCCUGCCCGUGACGCCGAGCAAGAUAACCCUGUUCGUGGGCAAGCAGAAGUUCGUGGGAGUGGGUCGGACACUGCAGCAGGCCAAACACGAUGCGGCGGCGCGAGCGCUGCAAGUGCUCAAGACGCAGGUGAAUAGCGCAACAGAGGAGGCGCUGGACGAUUCCAUGGAUGAGGGCGACAAGAAAUCGCCCAUUUCGCAGGUGCACGAGAUUGGCAUCAGGCGCAACAUGACGGUGCAUUUCAAGGUGCUGCGCGAGGAGGGCCCGGCGCACAUGAAGAACUUCAUCACGGCCUGCAUUGUGGGCUCCAUUGUGAGCGAGGGCGAAGGCAAUGGCAAGAAGAUAUCCAAGAAGCGUGCGGCGGAAAAGAUGCUAGCCGAACUGCAGAAAUUGCCACCGCUUACGCCCACCAAACAGACGCCCAUGAAGCGCAUCAAAGUGAAGACGCCCGGCAAGGGCGGUGCGGCAGCGGCGGCAGCUGCCACAGGCAUGACAGCUGUCGCCAUCACACCGCUCGCCAAGCCGGAGCGACGCAAGCGCUUGAGUGCACACCAAAAGGAGAAGUCAACGGCGGACCAGGAUGAUGCCGAGAAUCCCAUCACAAAGCUCAUACAACUGCAGCAGACGCGCAAGGAAAAGGAGCCCAUCUUUGAGCUGAUCGCCAAGAAUGGCAACGAGUCGUGUAGGCGGCGCGAAUUCGUCAUGGAGGUCACAGCCAGCGGGCGCACAGCGCGCGGCACGGGCAACAGCAAAAAGCAGGCCAAACGUAGCUCCGCCCAGGCUCUGCUGGAAUUGCUGGAGAGUACGGAGCACAGCGUUGGGGAGAUGGAGCAUGUCGUGGACCAUAAUGUGCCGACAGUUGCAACGGCAGCUGUGCCGGCAGCUGCGCUCACUAUGGAGCCAACUGUCGGCCUCGAGGUGCCCAUGGUCUCAACGCCUGUGGGUCCAGUGCCCGGCAUUCUAAUACUGCGCCAAAACAAGAAACCAGCGAAGAAGAAAGAUGCGGUGGUUGUGGUCAAAGCCAACAUGGAGACAGUUAAGGAGAAGGAGGUCAAAGCAGAGGCUGCACCAGCUGCAGGGGACAAGACUGCUCACAACAGCAACAGCCACACAAACAUUAACAAUAGUAACAACAACAGCAACACCAACAACAACAACAGCAGCAUCAAUGAGUGUCAUGAGGCGGCUAAUGAAAGCAGCCUGAACACCUCGUCAGGCAGCAAUACGAGCGGCGUCAGCAGCAACAGCAGUAAUGCGCCUGGAGCCAGCAGCAAUGCCAGCGGCGGUGGUGGUGACGGCAACAACAAUGCUGGCGGCGGUGCAGGCAGCGGCGGUGGCGGCGGCAGUGGCAGCGGCGGUGGUGUGCAUAUGAAAGAGCAGCUCAUAUAUCUUAGUAAAUUAUUGGAUUUCGAGGUCAACUUUUCGGACUAUCCCAAGGGUAAUCAUAGUGAGUUUUUAACCAUAGUCACGCUCUCGACAACGCCGCCGCAGAUCUGCCAUGGCGUGGGCACGAGCUGCGAGGAGUCACAGAAUGCAGCCGCACGCAAUGCACUCAAAAUCCUAAGCGAACUGGGCCUGAAUAAUGCCAAGAAAUAAGCCAAACUAAUCAACUGCAAUUUAUGUAUUCUUUUUAUUUUUAUUGCUAAAUAGCAAAGAGAAAAAUGCAAAAAAAAAAAAA